AAAGAAAUACUCCGGUAUUUCUAACGGGUCAUUUCUGGUUCUGGUUUGGAUCCAGCAGUGACAUUCCUCGUUUGCGCCAAUUUCAUCUUCUCUGAGAUCGAACCAAGAGAGACAGAGAAAAAAAUCAGGCAAUUGAAUCAAGAAAUGGCGGACCGCUUCUUUCCGAACGAGAUGCCUAAUUUCGUCCCAGAAUCGGCCGAAGCGGCGGGGGAGAAAGCUCAAGACUCACUCACGAAGCUUCUGCGUCUUCCUUACAACAACUUCGCGGAGAGAAUUGAGAAAUCGGCGAUGGAGCUUAAACAAACGAUUGUGGAGGAGACCUGGGUAGCUAAGGGGAGGCGCGUGAGUGACUAUUCACUAUACACUGGGGCUCUCGGGACGGCUUUUUUGCUGUUUAGAGCAUUUUGGGUUAACGAAGAUAGGAACGAUCUUGCUUUGUGCUUGGAGAUAAUCAGUGCUUGUGAGUCUGCUUCUCGCAGAUCCGGGAGGGUCACAUUCAUAUGUGGGCAAGCAGGUGUUUAUGCUCUUGGUGCAGUUGUGACGAAGCACAUGGGAAAUGAGCAGUUGUUUAACCACUAUUUGGCUCAAUUUAAGGAGAUUAAGCUUCCCAAGGAUCUUCCGGAUGAAUUACUAUAUGGGAGAGUAGGUUACUUAUGGGCGUGUUCGUUCAUAAACAAGAAUAUUGGUCAAGGGAUAAUAAGUUCAUGCAAAAUGCGAGCAGUAGUAGAUGAUGUUGUAAGGUCUGGCCGCAAAAUGGCAAAAGGUGGGUGCCCUUUGAUGUAUGAAUGGCAUGGGAAAAAGUACUGGGGAGCUGCCCAUGGCCUGGCUGGUAUCAUGAAUGUAUUGAUGGAUAUGGAACUCGAACCGAAUGAGCAGGAGGAUGUGAAAUCCACCCUAAGGUAUAUGAUCAGGAACCGGUUUCCCAGCGGAAAUUACCCUUCAAGUGAAAGAAGUGAAUCGGACCGUCUUGUUCAUUGGUGCCAUGGUGCUCCUGGUCUUGCUCUUACUCUCACAAAGGCUGCAAAGGUUUUCAACAGUGAAGAGUUUCGACAAGCAGCUGUGGAUGCAGCCGAGGUGGUAUGGGAAAGGGGACUGCUGAAACGAGUUGGGCUCUGUCACGGCAUCAGCGGAAACACCUACGUGUUUCUCUCACUGUACAGUUUAACAGGUGACGCGAAAUAUCUGUACCGGGCAAAGGCAUUUGCUUGCUUCUUGCACGAUAGAGCUCAGGCUCUUGUGUCACAAGGAAUUAUGCACGGUGGCGAUUGCCCGUACUCCCUGUUUGAAGGAGUGGGAGGUAUGGCGUAUCUGUUUCUCGACAUGUGGGACCCACUCAGUGCUAGAACGCAGUGGUGCUGUCAUAUUGGUGUGAGGUCACCGGAGAUAGCCACAAUCCUUGCCGGAAGUUUCGCCGGAAAAUUUCCAAAACCUCCAUUACGCUUCGAGAAUCCUAAUAAAGGAAUUUCUGUUAAUUGUAGAAUGAGUCAAGAAAUCGCACACGGACAAGGCAACAAUGAACACGUAAGUGUUCACACUGAAGCAUCUAGCUUCACCCCUCCUAUCCAAAACGAGCCUAUCAACCAAGAGGAUGUUCCUCAGAACAAUGCGAAUGCUGGUGGUCAACCUGACUACGCAAUUCCUGUUUUCUUGGCAAACUUGCUUCAACAAGUGGCCAAUGCUCCAAUGUUUCAACCACCACCACCGCCGCCACCGCGUGUAAUCACUUUCAAAUUUCUGAAAGAUAAUGGAGCAGAAGAGUUUAUGGGCGAUCGAAUCGCCGAACCUCAAAUUGCUUGGAAUUGGAUUGAACAGACUGCCCGAGUGUUGAGAGAUCUGAACGUACCGCUUAACGACCACCCGAGACUCGCAUCACAAUUACUUCGUGGGGAAGCCUACGAAUGGUGGAAACGCACCGAUGAAAGUAACGAAACCCCGAAGCCAUGGACGUGGGAGUUCUUCGACUGGGCUUUCAAGAAAGAGUAUAUCCCAGCACGCUUCCGUGAAGCGAAACGUACCGAAUUUGUUGAGUUGCAACAAGGGGAGAUGACGCUUCCCGAAUAUCGCCAAAAGUUUGUCAGUCUUGCCAAAUUUGCACCAACGUUGGUAAGCACCACAACUGACCGUAUUGAGGAGUUCAGAUCAAAACUCCGACCUGAUCUCAGGGCUCAAGUAUCUGUCAUACCAACGGUAGACUUCACGGAAGCCUAUGAUCUGAUUGCUAAAGCAGACAAAGAUCUGAAUGCUUGUAAGGAGUACUUGAAGAAAGAAGGUGCUAGCACAAGUGAACGUCGACCUACAAAUUCUGUCUCGGGUGGGAAAAGACCAUUUCAAGGACCCAACAGCUCACACUUCUCCAAGAAGGGGAAAUCUGUACAAACCCAAUCAGUGGCAUCUGGCAACAGGUCAAAGGGAUGGAAAAACCCAACGUGUAAAAUGUGUGGGAGACACCAUCCUGGGGAAUGUUGGCUUGCUCAAAGACUAUGUCUCGGUUGUGGAAAGCCGGGGCAUUUCCGAAAGAACUGUCCCACAAAUCCUGGAGAGCCAUUUCCACCUGCUCCUGUCGCCAGUCACGCAGCAUCGGCACGUUCCGCUCCAAGUCAACGCUCUACAGCAGGAUCUAAUCCUGCUAAAAAUCAAAAUCAACAGCAAGGACGAGCGCCUGCCCGCACCUAUGCAAUGAAAAGACGUACUGAAGAGAACUCUGAUGUCAUCCAGGGUAUGUUCUCAUUAUUCGAUACAACCAUGCAUGUGUUGAUAGACCCUGGAUCGACAUUAUCUUACAUCUGUGUACCUAUGCCUGACAAAGCUGACAUAUUGAAAGAAAACUUAGAACACCCUAUGCUAGUAUCUAACCCACUAGGACAUAGUAUGAGGUUACAUCAUGUAUACCAAGAUUGUCCGCUGAUUGUCGAAGGACAACAACUCCUUGCAAAUCUUGUUGAAUUACCGUACAAGGAAUUCGAUGUCAUCCUUGGUAUGGAUUGGCUUACUGAACAUCAAGCUGUUAUCGAUUGCCGACAACGGGUGAUACAACUGAAAAACAAUGAUGGAAAGACCAUUGAAGUGAAAGAAAAGCUGACACCCAAACCUACUGAAUUCAUCUCGUAUAUACAUGCUAGGCGCCUCAUCCGCAAGAAAUGUGAAGCCUAUUUAUGUAAUGUACGAGACACAUCAAAAGAAACUCCUGGAUUGAAGGACAUACCAAUGAUUCAGUUUAUAUGGAUGUUCGACGCAUUAGAUAUGCUUACUCAGCUUAAACGCUGAGCGUGUAGUAUGUUUUAUUUGCUACACGGAGGUAAACAAAAUGAAUGAAGAAAUGAUUUCCUGGAGGCAGAUGGGACGAGAAGGUCGGACGGAUGUGUGUUUUGCAUUUAAAUUACUGUUGAAAAGACAUAAAUUAAUUAUGUUUGU